CAAAGAGUAGCAGACAUGGCGGACAACACUUCUCAACAUAACUUCAUCAUGCACCACCACAUGGAGCUGAGCACCCUCACCGUGUACAGUGAGAACAGCACCAACAACACCAACGCCAGGGAGCAGAACUCUACGACCUGCUCGCUCCGCAUUCCACAGGAGCUGUUCCUGACGUUGGGCCUCAUUAGUCUGGUGGAGAACAUUUUAGUGGUGCUGGCCAUCAUCAAGAACCGCAAUCUGCACUCGCCCAUGUACUACUUCAUAUGCUGCCUGGCCGUCUCCGACAUGCUGGUCAGCGUCGCCAACGUGGUGGAGACCAUAGUCAUGUUGCUCACCGAACACGGGCUGCUAGUUGUCACACCUGAAAUGCUGCGGCACCUGGACAACGUCAUCGACAUCAUGAACUGCAGCUCCGUGGUGUCGUCGCUGUCCUUCCUGUGCACGAUCGCCGCGGAUCGAUACAUCACCAUAUUUUACGCGCUGCGUUACCACAGCAUUAUGACCACGCAGCGCGCCGUGACCAUCAUCGCGAUGGUGUGGCUGACCAGCAUAACCGCCAGCAUACUUUUUAUUGUCUACCACUCGCACACCGCCGUCAUUGUAUGCCUCGUCACCUUCUUCUGCAUCACUCUCGUCUUCACCGCUGUGCUCUACAUGCACAUGUUCAUCCUGGCGCACGUGCACUCGCGGCGCAUCAUGGCCAUCUACAAGUCUCGCCGCCAGGGCACGAGCAUGAAGGGCGCCAUCACGCUCACUAUCCUGCUAGGGGUCUUCAUCCUCUGCUGGGGACCCUUCUUCCUCCACCUUAUUCUCAUCCUCACCUGCCCCACGACCCCAUUCUGCACCUGCUUUUUCAGCUACUUCAACCUCUUUCUCAUCCUCAUCAUCUGUAACUCGCUCAUCGACCCUCUCAUCUACGCCUAUAGGAGCCAGGAGCUGCGCAAGACACUCAAGGAGCUGCUCUUCUGCUCCUGCGUCACCUUUCGAUGCGAAUCCAUACUUGAGUGUCUAUUUCCAUGGAAGUUCACGUGGCGCUGUGUGAAGACAAAGCAGGCCCAGACGUCCAAAGAGACUAAUGGCCCAUCACAAUCGUGUUUCUGGAAAUCAGAACACACGGCUACUGGAACAGACACAACUUACAGUGACAGGAUGAGGGAAAUAGUUCACCUUCAAGCCGGCCAGUGUGGCAACCAAAUCGGAGCCAAGUUCUGGGAGGUGAUCAGUGAUGAACAUGGCAUCAGCCCUACAGGGAACUAUGAGGGCGACUCCCCACUGCAGCUGGAGAGGAUCAGUGUCUACUACAAUGAGGCCUCAUCCUCUAAGUACGUCCCCAGGGCCAUCCUAGUAGACCUGGAGCCAGGAACUAUGGACAGUGUUCGCUCUGGGACCUAUGGACAACUCUUCAGACCAGACAACUUCAUCUUCGGUCAGAGUGGAGCUGGUAACAACUGGGCCAAGGGCCACUACACAGAGGGAGCAGAGCUGGUGGACUCAGUACUGGACGUAGUCAGAAAGGAAUGUGAGAACUGUGACUGUCUCCAGGGCUUCCAGCUCACCCACUCCCUCGGAGGGGGCACAGGCUCUGGCAUGGGGACCCUGCUCAUCAGCAAGAUCCGGGAAGAGUACCCUGACCGCAUCAUGAACACCUUCAGCGUGGUGCCCUCCCCUAAAGUAUCAGACACAGUGGUGGAGCCCUACAAUGCCACCCUGUCCAUCCAUCAGCUGCUGGAGAACACAGAUGAAACCUACUGCAUUGACAACGAGGCGCUUUAUGACAUCUGCUUCCGUACGCUCAAGCUCCCCACGCCCACCUACGGCGACCUCAACCACCUGGUGUCGGCCACUAUGAGCGGUGUUACUACCUCCUUCCGCUUCCCCGGCCAGCUCAAUGCUGACCUCCGUAAACUGGCUGUCAACAUGGUGCCCUUCCCCCGUCUGCACUUCUUCAUGCCUGGCUUCGCCCCCCUCACGGCGCGUGGCAGUGCGUGCUACAAUGCACUGUCUGUGCCCGAGCUCACCCAGCAGUUGUUUGACGCCAAGAACAUGAUGGCCGCUUGCGACCCGCGUCACGGACGCUACCUGACUGUGGCCAUGGUGUUCCGUGGUCAGAUGUCCAUGAAGGAGGUGGACGAACAGAUGUUGGCCAUCCAGAGUAAGAACAGCAGCUACUUUGUUGAAUGGAUCCCCAACAACGUCAAAGUGGCCGUCUGUAACAUCCCGCCCCGCGGUCUCAAGAUGUCCGCCACCUUCAUCGGGAACAACACGGCCAUCCAGGAGCUAUUCAAACGCAUCUCUGAGCAGUUCACCGCCAUGUUUCGCCGCAAGGCGUUCCUGCACUGGUACACCGGAGAGGGCAUGGACGAGAUGGAGUUCACCGAGGCAGAGAGCAACAUGAACGACCUGGUGUCAGAGUACCAGCAGUACCAGGACGCCACCACCGAGGAGGAGGGAGAGAUGUAUGAAGACGAUGAGGAAGAGUCAGAGAGCCAGGCCCGGUGAACACCUUGGAAGAAGCUUGUGUAAACCCAGCUGACAAGAGCUUUGUCUAUGUGUAGCAGGGUUAUUAUCUGCCUCAUGUACACUGUACUGUAUAACCUUCCCUCACUAUACCCCUCCCUGCUCUCACUGUCUUUGCUAACUGUUAGCCCCACCUCCCUAAGCCCUCUGACCAACUCAUGGCCUCCUGUUGAUUUAUCCUGUUGAUAAAAACCUCCCAGACAGACCACUAAGUUGAAUGGGUGAAAUAAAGUGUCUCAUAAACUGAUGACGAAUAGCCCUUAAUUUCUUAUAAUAAACAUGUUCAAGCCUA